AUGUUUGAAGCGGAAGUGGCGGAGCAAGGCCCUUCAGGCAAUGUUGCGUGGUAUCUCAGCAAAGCUCUUGACAGAGGCCUCAGCUGCGUCGUGUCGCCAUUGCCGCGCUUCGAGUUGAACGCCGUGGAUGCCACCGAAGGCACCGCGCUACACUUUGCCUGUAGCCGAGAGCUGGGCAAUGCCGCUUUAGCCUUGCUGGCUUGUGGAGACUUUGAUCUCUCAGUCCCAAAAGUUCGAGAGAGGGAUGGCAGCACCGCCCUUCACCUGGCAGCUGCUAGCGGCUUGGAGGCUGUGGUACAGGCGCUCGUCAAUCGUGCAGACUUCGCAGAGUUUAUGGGUACCAUGGACAAGGAUGGCUUCACUGCAAUCCACGGAGCUGCUUUCCGAGGUCACUUGGGCUGUGUCCAGGCACUUCUUCGAUCUCCCUUGAUGUCGGAGGACAUUGUUGCAGCCUCUGGAAACUUCGACGUACCACGGCCGGAGCCAGGGCACUGGGCACGUCAAGCCGCCGAGCUGUACGACAUGAACACUGCGCUGCAUAUGGCUGCUGCAACUGGACGAGCAGAGAUUUGCCAGCUUCUGCUCAUUCACGGGCCCUCGGCCGCCAACAAGGUGAACCGUAUGGGUGCCACAGCUCUUCACAUGGCCGCCAAAGGUGGCUUUUUGUCAACGGUGGAAGCGCUUUUGACGUCCAGCUUCAGUGCCGUAAAUGCUCGAGACGCACGUGGUUUCACAGCCUUGCAUUGGGCGGCCCAACAGGUCAAUUCCGACAUUUGCAUCGCAAUCUUGGGCUGCGAGGACUUCGUCCAGGUGGAAUCCAAGGAUCUCCGAGGACGCACUGCUGCGAAUAUCGCAGAGGACAGGUCGACAAGUUGCUGUUCUGCCCAGAUCGGUACCAAAAACUCUGCUUUGGCUAAAGACCUGAAGACGGUGUGCUGCGUUGCCUGGCGAUAUGUUGCGAUGGUCGAAGCCGAAGAAAAGGGGCAAGCAGCUGCCGCCGAGAUGUACACAGUCGGUGAUCACAGCGUGAUGCCAAGCUUCGACAGACACAUUAACAAGAUGAAGCGAUCUAAACGGUGA